AUGGGAUAUAGGAAUGUUAAGGAGUUGUGGUAUUCCCUGGGUGGUCGUGUAUUAGAAGAUAGGUUGGAAUUGUUAAGUGAUGACAUAGGAGCAAUGCAUAUCGUGAGCAUUGCGUUAUUGAAUGGUAAAGCUCAUUUGUUUGUGGUUCACAUGGUGUCCGAACCUGAUUAUAUUAAUAUGUUGCAAUAUGAUGUUGGUGAACAAGGUGAGGAUGAUGAAGAUGGUGAAGGUCAAGGUAAACUUAAAGAAGAGGUUAAAGAAGAACGUGGUGAGGAUGGUGAAGGUGAAGGUGGUGAAGAUGGUGAAGUUGGUGAAGUUGGAGAAGAUGGUAAAGGUGCUGAUGAUGGUGAAGUUGGAGAUGUUGGUGAUGAUGGUCAUGAGAUAGAAGAUGGUUUAUUUGUAGAAGUUGGUGAAGUUGGAGAAGAUGGUCAAGGUACUCAUGAUGGUGAAGUUGGUGAAGUUGGAGAAGAUGGUGAAGGUGUUGAUGAUGGUCAAGUUGGUCAAGUUGGAGAUGUUGGUCAAGUUGGAGAAGAGGGUGAAGGUGCUGAUGAUGGUGAAGUUGGUCAAGUUGGAGAUGUUGUUGAAGUUGGAGAAGAUGGUGAAGGUGCUAAUGAUGAUGAAGUUGGUCAAGUUGGAGAUGUUGGUGAAGUUGGAGAAGAAGGUGAAGGUACUAAUGAUGGUGAAGUUGGUCAAGUUGGAGAUGUUGUUGAAGUUGGAGAAGAUGGUGAAGGUGCUGAUGAUGGUGAAGUUGGUCAAGUUGGAGAUGUUGUUGAAGUUGGAAAAGAUGGUGAAGGUGCUGAUGAUGGUGAAGUUGGUCAAGUUGGAGAUGUUGUUGAAGUUGGAGAAGAUGGUGAAGGUGCUAAUGAUGAUGAAGUUGGUCAAGUUGGAGAUGUUGGUGAAGUUGGAGAAGAAGGUGAAGGUACUAAUGAUGGUGAAGUUGGUCAAGUUGGAGAUGUUGUUGAAGUUGGAGAAGAUGGUGAAGGUGCUGAUGAUGGUGAAGUUGGUCAAGUUGGAGAUGUUGUUGAAGUUGGAGAAGAUGGUGAAGGUGCUAAUGAUGAUGAAGUUGGUCAAGUUGGAGAUGUUGGUGAAGUUGGAGAAGAAGGUGAAGGUACUAAUGAUGGUGAAGUUGGUCAAGUUGGAGAUGUUGUUGAAGUUGGAUAA